UUUUGUUCGUAAAAUACUCUUCUUAUUCUUUUUGAAAGGAAAGUAGAAAACUUCUCUUGAAAUAACUAAAAAUUAGUCCCUUGUUUUGUUUACCAACUUAGUUAUAGGUUGCUAGAGAAACCAAAAACACCACCGCGCAAAAUGAAUGGCGGAGACAAGCGACGGAUGGACCGUCUAGACCUUCGGAGAUCGAAGAAGCAGAAGAAUCAAAUCCGCAGCGCAGAAGAGGAGAUCGAGUCCAAGCUUGGCUUUGAUCUCUUCUCUGAAGGCGAAAAACGUCUCGGAUGGUUACUUACUUUCGCUUCGUCAUCUUUGGAGGAUUCGGAUGCAGGAAAAGUAUAUAGUUGCGUCGAUCUUUAUUUUGUUUCUCAGGAUGGUUCUUGUUUUAAGUCAAAGUUCAAAUUCCGACCUUACUUUUACGCAGCUGCAAAGGUCAAAUCCGGAGGGGUUGGAAGAUUUAAUGAGCAAAAUGAGGUUGGUGACAAGUGGAGGUCUUGGAUGUUUCAAUGUAUGUCAACAACCACGGUUUUGGUUAAUGGGUCACCUACGGAGAAAUUUAAAACAGCUAGGGGACUAAGACAGGGAUGUUCGCUUUCGCCUUUGCUGUUCAAUUUGGCUGCGGAGUUGUUGCAUUUGUUGUUAACUAAAGCAGUAGAAAUGAGACUGUUUUCGGGCUUUGAUUUAGCAGUUCAAGACAGGGCAUUCAAGUUAUCACAUCUACAAUUCACGGAUGAUCUUAUAAUCUUCAGUAAGGGUUCCAUCCGUGAUUUGAGGAAUGUUAGGAGAGUGUUACUAAUUUAUGAGCUUUUGGUGGGGUUGAAGUUAAAUUUAGUUAAAAGUAGGAUUUCUGGUAUUAAUGUUGAGGAUGGAGAGUUGGCUACUUGGGCAAAUGAUAUUGGCUGCUCGGUGGGUUAUCUUCCAUCAGAUUAUUUAGGCUUACCUUUGGGGCACAGGAGGAACUCGGCUGCUAUGUGGGAGCCAAUAGUGGCGAGAUUUCAUGCGAAAUUGAGUGGGUGGAUGGCUAAUUCCUUGUCAUUAGCAGGAAGGGUGGUGGAUCCCAAACUUAUCACUGUUGAACAGAGCUUUGCUAGGGAAAUGGGUAUGGAAGUUUGUAUCAAAAAAGAGGCCUUGGUGGAAGAGAGUGGUCGUGCAUCGUGGAUUUGGAAAGGUGUGGUUAAAAACUUCUUCAACAAUGAUGGUUUUGGGGAUUGUGUUAGACGGAAUAUGCGUUUGAAGACAGGGAAUGGGGUAGCUGUGGAGUUUUGGAAUGACGUUUGGUUGGGGGAAGUUCCUUUGAAAGUUUUGUUCCCUAGACUUUUUGUUCUUUCUAACAAUAAAGAGGGCAAAGUGAUGGAGUUUGGGGAGAAUAAUGACUCGGGGUGGGUGUGGGACAUCCAAUUGAGAAGAAAUUUGGCUGAUUGGGAAUUUAAGCAAUGGUUACAGUUGAUUGCUAUGUUGAAUAAUAUCUCCCUAUUUAUUGAUGUAGAUGAUUGUUGGAUUUGGUUAGGGAAUGGAGAGGGCUGCUAUACAGCAAAAUCUUGUAUCAACACCUUCAUUGAUCAAGACGAGUCUGGGCAGAAUCAAAAUGAAAUUAUCUUCUUGCUGGGUUCCUCCCCGGAUGGGUUCUUAAAGCUAAAUGUUGAUGGAGCGAUGGUAUCGGGCUGGGGUAAAGGAGGUAUUGGUGGUCUGGUUCGGGAUACUAAAGGUGUGUUGCUUCAGUGGUUCUCUGAACCAGUAGGGGGAGGUCCUCCUAUCAUGGCAGAAUUGUUGGCGAUUAAGAGGGGGCUGUGUCUUAUGGAAGAGCAAGGUUAUGUUCUUAAUAAGAGGUUUAUUUUGGAAACUGACUCUAUUAAUGCUUUGAAGUGGAUCAAGAAUCCGGGUUUAUGCCCCCCUUUGUUUCUAUCCUUGGUGAACGAUAUAGUUGCGCUGUUGGGUACACCCGUCAGUGAACGUGCUAUUCCUGUUGCUAUAUUCGAAACUGAUACUGAAAUAAUGAAGUUCUAUCUGCGCAAGUGGUGCAAAACUUCUUCAGACGUUGGCAUACGCUCUAUUGUUGAUUGGUCGUACUACAAGCAACGGCUUAGCUCGGCAAUUCAGAAAAUAAUAACUAUACCUGCCGCAAUGCAAAAGGUUACAAAUCCUGUCCCUAGGGUAGCUCAUCCUGAUUGGCUGCAUAAAAGGGUUCAUGAGAAGGAGGAUAAAUUCCGUCAAAGGAAGUUGAUUGAUAUCUUCGGCUCAUCAGUCAAAGAUGAUAAAGUGAAAAAGACUAGUGAUGAUGUUCUCGCUAUUGACGUGGUUGGAGAUCUAGAAGACUUCCAAAACAAAAGAGGAAAUUCGAGGAAAGGACCUAUACCAAUUGUUCGUUGUUAUGAAGUCCUUAAGGAUCAAGGUCCAAUCAAGGCAGCUGCCCAAGCCAAUACAAAACAAAAUCAAACUAAUCAUAGAGGAAGUGAGCAACAUUUGUCAUCAAUAUUGCAGCCAAGUGUUCAAUUCACUGAAAAUAUUGACAGAAAUGUCGACUAUCAAGGAUGGCUUGAACUGAAGAAGAGGAAAUGGAAAGAUAAUCUGGAAAAGAGGAAGAGGCAAAGGUUGAGUAAUCUACGAACAUCACAUCAUGCCGGUCGCACUUCUGAAAUGCCAGGUGCCGUGGAAAACCAUAAAGAUGCCUCUGGAAGAACUGGUGUUGGUUCAUAUUUUAGAAGACAUGAAGUAUCACUAACUAAUUCUUAUUGGCAGAUUAUACAGCUAAUUCCAGGUUCAAAGAAUGGCCAGUUUUCUGCUUGGGUUGUUGUUGAAGGAAUUAUGCUUAAGGUUCCUAUUACUGUUCCGAGAGUGUUUUAUUUGAACUCUAAAGCAACUAUAUCAGAAAAUUUUCCUGGAAGACGGGUAAACAAGACUCUGCCUCAUGGAAGGCAGAGCUAUAACCUCUUCGAGGUUAUAAUUGAUGAAGAUCAAUUUAAGACGGAGAACAAGAAGCUUGUUGCUCUUCUUGCUGAUCCAGAAAUUGAGGGGAUUUAUGAAAGGAAGAUUCCGUUGGAGUUUAAUGCUAUUCUUCAGCUUGGUUGUGUUUGCAAAGUAGAUAAAGCCACCAAGAAACGAAAUGCCCAGGAUGGCUGGAGUCUGAGUGAAUUGCACAUGAAGACUACAACAGAGUGUGCUUAUCUGGAGCAGGCAAUCUCUUUCUUUUACCUGUAUCAUAGUAUUUGUGAAGGCCGUGCCAUAUAUGCUGCCUAUUUUUCUUCAUCAGGAGCAGUGCAUGUGGUAGUAGUUAAUCCUCACCGUGAAAAUGAAAGUAUAUCUCCAUAUAUCCUCGAGAAAUAUUUUCGGGAAGCUUGCCAGGUUUUGUCUAUUGAACCACCAGCUCGUAACGGUAUUUCUUUCAAGGUGAACUAUGUUGAACAUGUCAAGGAAGCUGAAAAAAAUUUACAGUCUUCUAUGUUUCAUGACAGGCAUGAACAUCAAGGUCCUAUUCUUGCGGUCAUUGAAUGCCCAAAUACUCAAAUCAUGAAGUCAGGUGUACGAGCUCUAGAAGAUUUCCCUUGUGUGAGCAUACCUUCAAAUGCUCGUGAUAAUGAUUAUCAGCUUCUUGUAUGGCAACAAACAGCUGCAAAAAUUGCGAUGCAACGGUGUUCUGCAUCAUCUCAGUGGUUAAGUGAGAGGAUCUCUCUCUCAAGAUAUGCACAUGUACCCUUGGGCAAUUUUGAACCUGAUUGGCUAUUAUAUACAGCAGACGUCUUCUAUUCUAGGGCUUUGCGAGAUCAGCAACAGGUACUUUGGAUUUCCGAUGAUGGUGUUCCUGACCUAGGAGGCAUUGGUGAAGAAGAUACAUGCUUUGUUGAUGAGGUCUGUCAACCUGUUAUCACAUACCCUGGCGCAUAUCGAAAAGUUUCUGUAGAGCUAAAGAUUCAUAACUUGGCUGUAGAUGCUCUUCUUAAAAGCAACCAAGUGAAUGAAAUGGAAGGAGGAGCUUUAUUAGGAUUUGACCAAGACAUGCAUUCUGGAAAUGAACAGUGUGGUUUUGAUGAGGCUACCACAUGUGCAGCUGUAUUUCGAGUCAUGAAACAACUUAUACAAAGGUGCCUUGCUGAUGCAGUUUCCUCAGGAAAUGUUGCUGAUGCAAUAUUGCAACAUCUAUAUCGGUGGCUUUGCAGCCCUCAGUCAAAGCUUCAUGAUCCAGCUCUUCACCGCAUACUACACAAGGUCAUGCAAAAGGUGUUUGCUUUGCUGUUGUCUGAAUUCCGCAAAUUGGGUGCGACAAUUAUAUUUGCAGACUUCUCAAGGGUUAUCAUUGACACAGGAAAAUAUGAUAUAACAGCAGCUAAAACUUAUUGUGAUAGCUUGCUUAAAGCUCUGCAGAAUAGAGAACUAUUUGAAUGGAUUGAGCUUGAGCCGAUUCACUUCUGGCAAUCCUUGCUAUUUAUGGAUCAGUAUAACCAUGGAGGAAUCUUGGCCGGAUCUCAUGAAAAUUCAGAAGUGGAUAUUGUUUCAAACUGGAAUAUUGCUCGGUAUUUACCUGAGAAGAUUCAGGACCAUUUUGUUUUAAUUGUCUCCGAGUUUUUGCAUACUCCGGAAUAUGCACAGGAGCAAGCUGCAAAUAGAACAUCCUCAUCGGAUGGCAGCUUAUGUACUCCAUCAAUCACAAUUACAGCUGCCGAGGGUUUUGAAGCCCAUAUUGUAAAAUAUCUCAAAGAUCAGAUCAGCUCCCACUUCACAGAAAAACUUCUAGGAAUUGUUCGUGAUAUUGUGCUUCAUUUGAAAGGGUUGAGUGGAUCUGGAAAAGUCGAUCAACAAAGUGGGCAUAAGGUUCCUCACAAAGGAGAUGCUGCUCUAGAGUUUAUUAAGCAUGUCUGUGCCGUUCUGGCCCUUGACCACAGUGUUCAGCAUGAUGUUCUGGUAUUAAGAAAGAAUCUACUGAAAUAUGCACACGUCAAGGAGUUUGCUCCAGAAGCCGAAUUUCAUGAUCCAUGUCCUUUCAUUUUACCCAAUGUGAUUUGCAGCUAUUGCAACGAUUGUAGAGACCUGGAUUUAUGCCGGGACUCCGCUUUACUGGCUGAUGAGUGGUGCUGCGCUGUCCCCCAGUGUGGGCAGCCGUACGACCUGGAGGUGAUGGAGAAUGCACUUCUGCAAAUAGUACGGCAAAGAGAAAAACUGUAUCAUCUGCAAGAUCUAGUGUGCUGUAGAUGCAGACAGGUGAAAGCGGUACAUUUAGCGGAACAAUGUGGGUGUGCCGGCUCUUAUAAAUGCAAGGAAGACGCAACCGAGUUCCGCAGCAAAAUGCAGAUAUUCUUGAACAUAGCCAUUCGUAAAAAGUUUCAACUCCUCCAGGAGUGUACCUCAUGGAUCUUACAAGUCAACUAACAGUCAUCGAGUUCAAUAUAAUUCUUUGAAAAG